GCCUCGUCUUUGUUCGGGCAUCUUCGGGAGCCGUCGCCGGCGCAACGCAUGGUGCGGGGCGCGGUGAAGUGGGGGCGGUACUUCAAUUCGCUCAGCAAUCUUGCGACGGACGGCCGCGCCCGUCCGCUUAAAAUCAGUGAUAUUCAACACCUAUGUAUCACACUUAAUCAAUUAUACGUGCAUGUACUGGACUACGAGUGUCAUUUAGCUCACCUCAUCCACGACCCCAAGAUAUUCUGUCCACCCCUACAUGCGUGGACAUGUGGCGACCGUGAAAUAUCUUCGAAUCUAAAUCAAACGGUCAUGAGGCGACUGUUGGAGUUCGUGCGACUGUAAUGGCGGCGGUCAAGAAAUAACGGACAUCGAGAACAAAGAGAUGGGAAUUACUGCUGUGGCGCUUUGGAUUCUACAACACUACAAGUUGGAAUGAACAUCGAAAGUCAAUGCCGAUAUAAAUGUACUCGUCGCUGCGCGCUGUGACCGGGGGCCUGUUGCUAAGCGGUUUCUGGGCUGUUCGCGAGUACGAGCGCCGCGGAGCCGGGUUCGCCUGACGCGGUCGGUGCUGCUGGCGGGUUCGGCGGCAGCGGGUGCUGGACUGACGGCUGGAUCGUGUUACUGGUUUGAUUGCACCAUUUUAUUUACUUAGCUCAUUGUUUAUUUUAAAAAAUGACUGAGGAAUUAAUUAAAAAUUUAAAUAGAAGGCGCGGUGGGCUUAAAAGUCAAUUGACGGUUUUUAAAGACUUUGUAAAAACUAUACAAGGGUCCGAGCUCUCGUCUUUAGUAGUAAAAGAGCUGAGUUUGCGAUUAGAUGGACUUCGUAAAAUAAUGGUUGAUUAUGAUGCCGUACAAGUUCAACUUGAAGAUAUUUGCUCUAAUUUAGAUGAACAAAUAGCAGAACGGACCCAGACCGAAAGUCUUUUUUAUUCACAAAUUGCGUUAGCGUAGGAUAUAAUUGAUACGUUUUCGGCCAAAAAUGGUGGCGGUAAUGACUCAACUAAAUUUAGUUCUUGUGAUGAAAAACAUGCGUCAGUUCGUCUACCAGUAAUAAAUUUGCCGACGUUCGAUGGAACUUACACACGUUGGUUGGAGUUUAAGGAUUUAUUUGAGUCAUUAAUCAAUAAUAACGAAUCAAUUGCGCCGAUAAAUAAAUUCCACUAUUUACGGAAUUCAUUGCAAGGAAGUGCUAGUUUAGUAAUAAGGUCAAUUGAUUUUUCUGCCAGCGGAUACGAGCUUGCGUGGAACACAUUGUGUGAAAGAUAUAAUAAUAAAAAUAUUUUAAUAAAUAAUCAUUUGAGCGCGAUCAUAAAUAUUAAUCCUAUACAUAAGGAAUCGUUUAAGUCUUUAAGGUAUUUAAUAGAUACUGUAUCUAAAAAUUUAAAUUCUUUGGAUACGUUAGGUAUUUCAACUCAGGGUUGGGACCCAUUAGUAAUAUUUUUGGUCUCGGCGAAGUUAGAUCCCAAAACAAAUGGAAAGUGGGAGGAGUAUAAAGGCAGUUUUUCACGCCUACCCUCAAGUGAAUUAAAUAAAAAUUCUUCCGAAGUACCUACUUUAGAACAUUUUAAGGAGUUUUUGCGUAAUCGGGCUAAUGUUUUAGAAACGAUGUUUUGCAGUCGGUCAAAUGAAAUUAAACCUGUUUUUAAGGAAAACAAGAAUACUAAGUCUUUUGUUGCAGCUGGCGAGGGACCACGAAUUAAUUCGUGUUUAGUAUGUGGGCAGAACCACCAUGUUUACCAGUGCUCCAAGUUUAAAUCUAUGAGUCUGGAGGACAGGCUCGUGGAGGUUUCAAAACAUAAACUUUGUAACAAUUGUCUUCGCGCGGGACAUGAUGGUUCUCAAUGCACUUUAAAGGGUUCCUGUCGUAAUUGUAAGAAAAAACACAAUUCACUUUUACACUGCGAAAGCGUCAGUAAUAAUAAUAAUAAGGUUGCAACUACCGACACUGCAAAACGUAUAAACUCUUCCGUUAACAUGUCAACUGCAGAUGAUGACGAGUCGGGUCAAGUUAUGUUGUGCACGGCUCAGGUCGAAGUAUAUUGUCCUAAGAGUAAUACUACUCAUCUCGCUCGCGCGCUCUUAGACAAUGCUAGUCAGUCGUCUUUCAUCUCUGAGAGUUUUAAGAAAAAGUUAAAUCUACCCACAAAUAAAAUUGAACCAUUUGAUAUCACUGGGAUCAAUAAACAAAAAACGGAGAUAUCCGAACGUAUCCAACUAAAGGUUAGGUCUCGCGUUAAUUCGUAUGAAUUAGAUGCUAAUUGUUGGGUGAUCCCCACAAUUGCAGAUGAUCUUCCCUAUGUAGCAAUUGAUGUUGAAAAAUUGGAUUUGCCCCAUGUUGAGUUAGCCGAUCCGUUGUUCUAUAAACCGGAUGAGGUCGACAUUUUGUUGUCAGGGGACAAAUUUUUCAAGGUUCUUAAACCUGAUCAUGUAGAGUUAGGAGAAGGAAAACCCAUCCUACAAGAUAGUAAGUUCGGAUGGUUAGUAGCUGGUCGCACGGACGAAAGCUACAACCGAUGCAAUGUUUAUUGUCAUUUAGCCACUACAAGGCGCAAGACGUCACUACAAGAUGUCGAUGAUUCUCUGAAGCGUUUUUGGGAGGUGGAAAAUUUGCCUUCCGAUUGUAAGUCUUUAUCUAUUGAUGAAGAGUUUUGUGAAACUCAUUAUGUUGAAAAUACAGUUCGUUUACCUGAUGGUCGAUUCUCUGUACAGAUGCCAUUCAAGGAAAAACCCGAGGAUGCUCUCGGAAACUCAUAUCCUAUAGCUAUGAGACGUUUUUUAAACUUAGAAAAGAAGUUAGAUAAAAAUCCCAUCGUCAAAAAUCAAUAUCGCGAUUUUUUGCAGGAAUAUGCCGAUUUGGGACAUAUGACUGAAGUGGGACGGCCAAGUUUCGGGUGCUAUUUGCCCCACCACUGUGUUAUUCGUGAGCAAAAAGAAACUACCAAGCUUCGUGUCGUUUACGACGCUUCAGCUCUGACAAGCUCUGGCAAGAGUCUGAAUUGCAUUCAGGCUAUAGGUCCGGUUGUGCAAAGUGACCUAUUUUCAAUUCUUUUGCGUUUCCGUACUAAUAGGUUCGUUCUGACAGCUGACAUAGAGAAGAUGUACAGGCAGGUCUCCCUCAGCGAACAACAGCGCCACCUGCAGCUCAUUUUGUGGAGAGACCAGGCUGAUCAGCCUGUCAAGAUUUUUCAGCUCAACACUGUUACGUAUGGGAUGGCUUCGGCACCUUUUGUCACCACAAGGUGUCUCAAGCAACUAGCUCUUGAAUGUCAGGAUGAAGUCACGUCUAACGUUAUCAAAAAUGAUUUUUACAUUGAUGACCUCAACACAGGGUCGUCAACGCAUCUGCCGUCUUUGUCUUUCUGGUGGGAAGGUCCUUCGUUUCUGAAGAAGGAUUCUGUUGAGUGGCCUUCUAUGCCUCAAGCUCCUUCAGACUUGCCUGAAGUCAAGGCGUUAUUAACAACUGUCAGAGACGAAACCUCAAGUUUUGGCGCGCACAAUGAGCUGGGUAGAGUUUUACGGUCCAGCUGUCAUCCAGUUUCGGAUUACGCGGCUAAUGAAUCCAUUAAUUUUAAAUUCAUUCCCGCGUACGCGCCAAAUUUCGGUGGCAUAUGGGAGGCCGGCGUCCGCGCAGCUAAGUUUCAUUUAAAACCUAUUGCGGGCAACGCGAACCUGACGUUUGAAGAGUUGACUACUCUUUUUGUGCAAAUAGAGGCUAUCCUCAACUCCAGACCAAUCACUCCUCUCUCGUCAGACCCCAACGACAUGAAUCCCCUUACCCCAGGGCAUUUUUUAAUCUCUCGGCCAUUGACUUCGUCUGUACCUUCUCUACCCGUCACGGGAAAUCCAGCUACCAGAUACAAGCGCAUCGAGCUACUCCGGCAGCAAUUUUGGGAGAGAUGGCGUCGUGAAUUCAUGGCUGAACUUCAACAGCGCGUGAAAUGGAAAACCAAUCAGCGAGGAAUCCAGCUUGGUGAUCUCGUGCUUUUAAAAGAAGACAACCUGAUGCCGCUACAAUGGCGCAUGGGCCGUGUCAUUCAUCUCUACAAGGGCCCUGAUGGUGUUUGUCGGGUCGCUGAUAUACAAACAGAAAAAGGUCUAAUCAAAAGGGCCGUAAACAAGAUGUGUCUUCUGCCAACUGAUCCUGAACCCAAUGACGAGGGAAAUAAUUCAAAGGAUGAUCAGACCGAUCCCUAA